UGUGACCCACCUGCUGAGCCCCGCUGUCCCGUGAGGAUGAUGGCGGAUGAAGACGCGUUCGCGGCCGAAGAGCGAGCUUUUGACGGCGGCCCCACGCUGCGCGACUACCGGCGGUCGACGCGGCUGUACUGCAUGAACGGCGGAUACCACCUCCAGAUCCUGGCCGAUGGGACGGUGCGGGGCGAGCGGGAUGAGCGGGAUGAUCACACUGUGCUGAAGCUCAAGGCCGUGGGCAGAGGCGUCGUCGUCAUCCGGGGAACGGCGGCAGAGCGAUAUCUGGCCAUGAGCGCCGAAGGCCGUCUGUACGGCUCAUCCACAGUAACAGAGGAGUGCUACUUCGUGGAGAACCUAGAGGAGAACUACUACAACACGUACAAGUCUCAGAAAUACCAGGACAGCAGCUGGUACGUCGGCCUGAAGAAGAACGGCAGAACUAAACUAGGCCCAAGAACCCACAUCGGACAGAAGGCCAUCUUCUUCAUCCCCAGACAGCUGGAGGAUUCCUGGGAUUAGUGAGCCACUCUGAUGACAGGAUGUGAGGAAUGUGGAGCUCUGAUGCAUGAGUAGUUUACCUCUAGAGUUUUAUCUUCCGUAUAAAUGAAGCUGCAUCUUUCCUAUCAACUAACAACUAUCUGAGCAACCUUUACUUAGCAGCAAUUUUACUCAGCUAAUCGAAACACAAUCCUGACUGUAUUGAUAUGCAGCACCAGUAGGUGGUGAUGCAAGAAGAUUAAAGAGAAGUGGACACGAAGAAGCCACAGACCGGAGCGGGUAGAAACCUGAGGGUAUAAUGACUGAUGCUGUUAGUUAAUAAACCAGAUAACUUUAAAAGACUUGGCUUCCUUUAUGUACUGCUGUACAAACAUUACAUUGACUUCACCAAAAUUUGAAUAUCAGAUAAGACCAAUUAUAAGUGGACUUUAAGAAGUGUUUCGUUUUAUCUGGGCAUACUAGAGGGAGCAUACUAAUCUUCCCUCUAAUAUGCUCAGAGGGAAGACUGCUGACUUGGCAAUUAUCCAGCAGAAAGUCUUAGACUCCCUCCACAAGGGCAUAAACUACAAAACACUAUUCCAAAUUAAGCCGGCUGUUCAUUUUGGUGGAAAGUUGAGUGGAAGAAAAAAGUGUGGGAGAAAAAAAAAAAAACAGGAAUAACCAAAGCCAUCAGAAGGGCUAACCACUUCCUUUUAAGAGUGUAGAGAUACAGAAGAUGUGAGUCGGUGCCUCAAGAGCCAUCAGUACCAAGACAUGAACGACAACCACAUCAGUCCUUAGCACCGCAACACAUUAAAGAUCUGCUGUUGUUGCAUCAACCUUCCAGACCACUCAGGCCUUCUGGUUCUGGAUCCCCAGAAAACAUGCAUCUCUAAACAUGGAGCUUCUAUGCACCAGAAAUCUAGAACAAACUUCCUGAAAAUUGUAAAGCAGCCGAGUUCCUUUAAAUCUAGACUAGAAACCGACCUGCUCAGACUUGCUUUUGCACCAUAAUAAAUGAAACACUAACCAACAUUUUGAUGUUUAAUGACACUUAAAAAAAUUUACUGUUUCAAUUGUU